AACAAGGGGCUGCACAGUAUCUCCCACACACUCAGCUGUUGUCACUUGAUGGGGCCAAGCAACUGGUUUCCGUAAAUAGAAAGUCGAUAACAAGUUUCGCGGAGCGUAGCGUAAAUAGAAUAUUGUAGUAUAUCAAUGUGGGUGGACUUUAUGACACUUGUCAGUGGAUACACUCUUUGUAAUACAGUUUAAACACAUUAGCAGAUAUUCCAGCCUGGUAUAGGGUGAGUGUGGUCAUUGGGGAAAGUGCAAUUACCUCUGAGCUGUGGGACAGGCAGGGAAGGGAGGGGGAUCUUCCUUUUAUAGGACUGCUCGUUGUGGGAAUGUGAAGGUGCUGAAAUAGCAGACGUGUCUGGGGAUUGGGACGGUAGUUAGCAGCCAGGCUGACUUCAGUUCUGUGCAGCUCUGGGAGAAGACGACCGCAGAGAUGGAGAACGUGGAGAUGUUUAACUCCGAAGGCAAGGGACGGGGCCUGAGGGCCACCAGAGAUCUCUGGGCUGGUGACGUUAUCUUUGCAGAACCUGCCUAUUCUGCCGUGGUGUUUGACAAUUACACACACUCCGUUUGCCACUUGUGCUUCAAGAAGCAGGAAAAGCUCCAGCGUUGCGGACAGUGUAAAUUUGCACAUUACUGUGAUCGGACCUGCCAGAAGGACGCCUGGGUGGACCACAAAUAUGAGUGCGCCUCCGUCAAGAAACUUGGCAGAGCGCCAAAUGAAAACAUCAGGCUUGCUGCUAGAAUUAUGUGGCGGAUAGAGAGAGAAGGAAGCGGGCUGACGGAGGGGUGUUUCAUUUCCGUCGAUGACCUGGAGAACCACCUGUUAAAGUUUGAGGAAGAGGAAAGGAAUGGACUCAUGGAAGAUGUUCAGUUUUUUCUGGAUUAUUGGCCAAGUCAGAAUAAACAGUUCGGCAUGCACUACAUUUCCUAUAUCUUUGGAGUGAUAAGCUGCAAUGGAUUCACUUUAAGUGACCAAAGAGGUCUUCAGGCUGUGGGAGUUGGCAUUUUCCCAAACCUUUGUCUUGUUAACCAUGACUGCUGGCCUAACUGCACAGUCAUUUUCAAUAAUGGCAAUCAUGAGGCUGUUAAAUCAAUGUAUCAUACACAGAUGAGAAUUGAGCUACGGUCUCUCGGAAAGAUCAACAAGGGAGAGGAGCUGAGUGUGUCCUACAUAGACUUCCUUAAUCUCAGUGAGGAUAGAAAGAGUCAGCUGAAGAAGCAGUACUAUUUUGAAUGCACAUGUGAGCACUGCACCAAGAAGAUCAAGGAUGACCUGCUAUUGGCUGUCAAAGAAGAAGAAGGGAGCAAGCCUGAAGACAGCGUCGUUAAAGAGGUUGUAGAAUUUUCAAAAAAGACUUUGGAGAAAAUAGACAAAGCUCGGUCCGAAGGAUUAUACCAUGAGGUGGUAAAGCUUUGUCGCGAGUGUCUGAAGAGACAGGAACUUGUUUUGGCAGAUACAAACAUUUACAUGUUGCGGAUCCAGAGCAUAGCCUCUGAGGUGCUGUCCUACCUCCAGAUGUUCGAGGAGGCUGCCGAGAACGCCAAGAAAAUGGUGGACGGAUACUUGAAAAUAUACCACCCGAACAAUGCCCAGCUUGGUAUGGCAGUGAUGAGGGCAGGAGUCACGCACUGGCAUGCUGGCUUCAUCGAAGUCGGGCACGGGAUGAUCUGCAAGGCCUACGCCAUCCUUCUGGUUACUCAUGGGCCCAGUCACCCCAUUACCAAAGAUCUGGAGGUGAUGCGUGGACAGACAGAGAUGGAGCUGAGGAUGUUCAAGCAGAAUGAGUUUGUCUAUUACAAGAUGAGAGAAGCAGCUCUGUCAAACAAACCAAUUCAGGUCAUGCAAGAACCCAACAGCGAGACUCAAACAAACCUGUUCCACAAGAAGCCCUAGACGGACAUUUGGAACUGUCUCAGGCCACAUAAUCCUUCCAGUCCUGCACAAGAGCUUGAUCACAGCGCAGAGCUUUGCACUGUCAUUAUUGAUCACAGCGCAGAGCUUUGCACUGUCAUUAUUGUCUGUGGGGUGAUCUUCCAUGUUGUGCACCUGUCACAUUGAACCCCAUCCCUCUGCUUUAUUUAAUUGUAUGCCAAUCUAUGUAAAUCCAUGUUUUCCCUCUAAAAAUAAAGACUAUUUAUGACUUCCUA